GAAAACAAAAAAAACGCGAACGCCUCCAGGUGAGGUCAAAUGCAGUGGGAAAGGGGAGCGCUUUGUUGACAGGUGGACGGAAAUAUCUGCCGGACGGCGGAAAGAGAGAGAGUCAUGGAGUUGAACAAAACGGUGCUGUGUGAGAGCCUCAUCGUUUGGCUGCAGACUUUUAACACUACAGCACCAUGUAAGACAGUGAACGAUCUCACCACAGGUGCGGCCAUGGCCCAGGCUUUACACCAGAUAGAUCCAUCCUGGUUCAGUGAGAACUGGCUCGCACGUAUUAAAGAAGAUGUAGGUGAUAAUAUGAGGCUCAAGGUGAACAACUUGAAAAAGAUCCUACAGAUCAUUGUGGAUUACUACAAUGAGGUUCUGAAUCAGCAGAUCUCAGGUUUCACUCUGCCUGAUCUGGUGCGGGUGGCUGAGCACUCUGAUCCGGUGGAGCUGGGGCGCCUCCUGCAGCUCAUCCUGGGCUGUGCAGUCAAAUGUGACCGGAAACAAGAGUACAUCCAGAUCAUAAUGACCCUGGAGGAGUCUGUGCAGCAUGUAGUGAUGACGGCCAUUCAGGAGCUGAUGAGUAAAGAGUCCAAACCCCAUUUUGGAACAGAACUGGUUGGGGAUGUUGAUCAACAGCUGAAAAAAGCUCUGGAAGAUUUGUCAGGAGUGAUGGCGGAAAAAGAAGAGCUGGCACAGCGCUGUCAAGAGCUGGACAUCCAGGUGGCAGUUCUGCAGGAAGAGCGCAACAGCCUCUUAGCAGAGAACGAUGUUCUGACAGACCGAGCCAAUCAACUGGACACGUUUGAUGAUCCCAGCACUCCAUCAGGGAAGAAACAUAGCCAGCUCCAGCUGCAGCUAGAACAGCUCCAGGAGGAGAACUUCAGACUGGAGGCAGCUAAGGAUGAUUACCGUAUUCACUGUGAGGAGCUGGAGAAGCAGCUGGUGGAGGUUCAGCACCGAAACGAUGAGCUCACCAGCCUGGCUGAGGAAUCUCGCGCACUGAAGGAUGAGCUGGACAUUCUGAGGAGCUGCUCUGACCGGGCGGUGAAGUUGGAGGCAUCUGUGGAGACGUACAGGAAGAAAUUGGAGGACUUAGGUGACCUGAGGAGGCAGGUGAAGGUGCUGGAGGAUAAGAACAUGACUUAUAUGCACAAUACUGUCAGUCUGGAGGAGGAGCUCCGGAAGGCCAACGCUGCACGAGCCCAGCUAGAGACUUAUAAAAGACAGGUCCAGGAGCUUCACAGGAAGUUGUCCGAGGAGACACGCAGGGCUGAUAAUUUGGCCUUUGAGAUGAAGAAGUUUGAGGAAAAGUAUGAAACCCUAGUGAAGGAGAAGGAGAGAGUCAUCAUUGAGCGGGACUCUCUAAAAGAGACCAAUGAGGAGCUGAGAUGUACACAAGCUCAGCAAGACCAGCUUCUACAAGCAGGAAUGUUUAAAACUGGGAGUCCAAGCCAUGACAACUUGGCAGCUGAGAUGUUGCCUAUUGAAUACAGGGAGAAGUUUAUUCGUCUGCAGCAUGAGAAUAAGAUGCUGCGUGUGCAGCAAGAGGACUCAGAGAAUGAGCGCAUCACUGAGCUGCAGGUCCAGUUGGAGGAGGCGCGGCGUGCACGCAGUGAGCUGGACACUGAGAACAGGUUAAACAGGGAGAGGGUCAGUGAACUGCAGCAGCAGGUUGAAGACCUACAGAAAGCACUGCAGACACAGGGAGCCAAACCUGAAGAUUCUCAUCUGAAGAGGAAGCUAGAUGCUCAUAUGGUGCAGCUGAAUGCUGCACAAGAUGAGAUCAUGAGGAAGAAAGAGUUACUGGAGGAUCUACAGCCAGACGCAACUCAAACCUCUCUGAAAAUGGAUGAGCUGAUGGCGGCUCUGAAGAAGAAAGAUGAUGACAUGCGAGCGAUGGAGGAGAGAUACAAAAUGUACCUGGAGAAAGCACGCAAUGUGAUCCGUGCACUAGACCCUAAACUGAACCCAGCCUCAGCCGAGAUCCAAUCCCUGAAAGUCCAGCUAUUAGAGAGGGAGAAGAGAGUUUCUGCUUUGGAGAGAGAGUGUGAGCAAGCCAAGCUGCGGGAAUAUGAGGAGAAACUCAUUGUGACUGCAUGGUACAAUAAGAGCCUGAAUUUCCAGAAGAUGGCGAUCGAGUCUCGGCUAAGUGGCCGUUCUAACUCUCUGGUGCCGCCCGGUCAGUCCUUCCUUGCCCAGCAACGUCAGGUGACCAACGCCCGGCGCACAAUGUCGAUCAAUGUGCCUGCUACUUCCACUAAGUAAUGAAGACUUUGUCCCCUUUCCCAUCUCCCCGUACCUUCUUUACCCCUCCCCUACUCCUCAAUCACACACUUAAGUGACCUUAAGCACACUACUGAAUAAAGGGACAAGCAUGCCAUAAUGUGAAUAAUAGCACUUAAAAAACCUGUUUCACUCCCUCAUAUGUACACAAACUCAAAUGCAAGAAACAAGCAAGCACAGGUUCAGCAACCCCUCAAAAACUCUACACUCAGUGAGCACUCUCCUUCAUAAAUCAUUCUUUAGGACAGAAUGGAUUGGUGUCUGAAUGUAUUUUGUUUAAGCACUGAGGCUUUACUUUGUGAAAGACUAAUUAGGAGAUGUGUGUGUUGUUUGCUUGGUGCCGUACGUGUGUUUAUAUAUCAUAUGAGAAGGACUUAAAGGGCAGCAUGCAUGCUAAAGGCUUCCAUUGGUAUUCUAUGCAGCCGGCUGACGUGUACUUCUGUAAGUAUGUAUAGUACAGUUGUACUGUAUGUAUGUAUAUGUAGAGACAUGUGCUUGUUGUAUCAUAGACCUGAAAUCAGCAUUCCUUUUUGUCUCUCCACAUCUUCGCAUGCAUUUUCACAAUCAGCUACAUUAACAGAUAAUAACAAAGCUUCAGGACAAAGGCCUAUUUGGUGCUGGACACCAAAAAAAAAAAACAUUUUUUCUACGACAAAAUCUUUUCAUACAAUUGAAUACAAAAAAGUAAAGAGUAACGCGUCUUCAAAUAAAGAAACUGAGAGUCUGGUUGCUGCAGCCAUUCUAUAAUCAACUGGAGCUUUGAAGACAUUUGAAGUAUUUCUUUUAUACAGUAAUUUACUGUGAUUAAUCUCUUGCAUGCUCUUGUAAAAGCAAAACAGCAGACAGGCAUUUACUGUCCACUGAGCAUUUGCUGUCUGGCUUCAGCCCAUAAAGGCCACAGAUAUCAGGAAUAAAUCACCAGCUUUUGGUCAUAGUAAACCCAGCCAAGCCUUCUUUUAUAGGGUGAAAUGCUGUGACCAUUUUUUGGAAUGGCCUUUUUCAAAAAGGGUGUUUCUCGAAAAUCUCAACCUUUGUAAUAGCCAGUGAAUCAUCCAUAGCUGCAGUGUAGGCUUAGAAUGGCUGUACAUUGUGAUAAUCUGCCCUGUGUUAGGUCUAAAGAAUUUGGGGCUGUUAGAUUCAAAAUGUGAUUUGUUUAAUUUAUGUUGGAACACAGUUGGGUAUCUUUAGGAUCAGGCUAAACCUAAUGGUAAGGGUUAUUUACAGAUUUCAUUUUGUCGGGGGAAAAAGGCUUUGUACCAUGAAAUAUGUGAUAGAGGAACUUUAAAUGACUGUAAGAACACAUGAAAUGCUAAUUAAAAAAAGGCUUUUAAAGUUUUGACUUUAUUUAAAAAGUGUCUUUGUCAAAGAUGAAGCAUAUUAAAGAUGGAAUCUCUGGAAUAUUCGAUGUAUAUGUAAAGCUUUUGUUUUCAUGUACAAAUAAUUAAAAAUAAACACUGUAAUUACAA